AAAACUUACAACGUUACUGAUGUAGUUCGAGUAUGCGAUCCCACUUAUAACGCAGAAUUUUUUGAAAGGGAAAACAUUCAAGUUUGGGAUUGGCCAUUUGGAGAUGGCGAGGCGCCUCCUCAGCGAAUUAUAAGCGACUGGCUGGCUUUAGUCGCUCGAAGGUUUAAAGAUAAUAAAAACGCUACAAUCGCUAUCCACUGCGUUGCUGGAUUGGGAAGAGCUCCUGUACUAGUGGCGAUCGCGUUAAUUGAAUCUGGCAUGGAAGCGGAAGAUGCUGUUGAAAUUAUUAGAAGAGCCCGGCGAGGCGCUAUUAAUAGCAAACAACUCGUUUUUCUAAGAAAAUAUAAACCUCAACGAAAAAAACUUUUCUGCGAUUGUGUGAUUUGUUAGAAUUAAUAAAAGUUGUUAUUAUUUUUUGA